UUAGUUUAGCAUACGCGGUGUGCAGGCGCUUGCUGCAGAGACGGAUUGUUCUAUCCAGAAGUGGCCAUAUUGGUCUUUAGGGAGUGAACAAAAUAAUAAUUUUUGUAUUGAGUGCUAGUAUUCAUGCAGUAGUUCAUCAGCAAUACCCAAUAUCUAAAAGAACUUUUCGUUAGUGGCCAUAUGGCGUGUUUACAUACACUGAAACAAGAAAUUAGGACAUUAGAAUCAAUAUUUACUAAGACUCAUGAACGAUUUCAGAUAAUAAGCGCGAGUGUUGAUGAGUUGAGUUGUAGGUUUAUAGGGAAGAACGGUAAAAAGUAUGAAAUUCAUGCUAAUAUAACGGAAACCUACCCGGCUGUCCCGCCAGUAUGGUUCGCCGACUCCGAAGACACAAACAUCACAAAUGCAGUGCAGUUACUGAGUCACACGCAAGGACUAGACAAUCACGUCAUCCACCAAGUGUCCAUAUUGCUCAAAGAACUAUGUAGAAUGCACUCGAUACCUCCACAUCCAGAUAUUGUAAGACUGCUCAAUCCCCCCACUCUCUCCACGGAAGAUGGGAUCAGCAAUGGCGUAGAAACUAUGGAAGAUGAGGGACUAGACAGUGAAGCAGAUGGGGAAGUAUUGGACAGCGACGCUGAAAGCAGUGACGAAGACGAAGAUCUUGCCAUGGAAAUGGAGGAGAAUAUGCCUAGGGUUGACGAAAUGAACGUUGAGCAUCUAGCCAUGCUGGAACGGUUACGGCAGAACCAGAGGCAGGACUAUUUGAAGGGAUCUGUUUCGGGUUCCGUGCAGGCGACUGAUAGACUAAUGAAAGAACUCAGGGAUAUAUAUAGAUCUAACUCAUUCAAGAACAAAAUGUAUCAAAUCGAGCUGGUCAAUGAUUCGCUCUACGAAUGGAACAUACGUCUGAUGGCUGUCGAUCCAGACAGUCCGCUCAGUCACGAUCUGAACAUUCUCAAGGAGAAGGAGGGAAAAGACUUCAUUUUGCUCAACAUGAUGUUCAAAGAUACUUACCCUUUCGAGCCUCCGUUUGUCAGGGUUGUACAUCCGGUCAUUUCUGGGGGUUACGUAUUAGUCGGUGGCGCCAUAUGCAUGGAAUUACUAACAAAACAGGGAUGGUCCAGUGCUUAUACUGUUGAAGCUGUCAUCAUGCAAAUAUCAGCUACGUUAGUGAAAGGAAAGGCGAGAAUUCAAUUCGCUAACAAAGUUUGUUCUCACGGACAGUACAGUUUAGCGAGAGCUCAACAAAGUUUCAAAUCUCUUGUUCAAAUUCACGAAAAGAAUGGCUGGUUUACCCCACCCAAAGAAGACGGUUAAUAAAAAGUCCACUGUGCCAAUUCAUCAGCAAAACCACUCCUUCAUCCAACCGUCUUCUAUUCGAAAUGUGUUCUUAUUUAGUGCCUAUUUUCCAUUUCUUUAUAAAGUUUUUCGUCAUUGUAAAUAUUCACGAAAUUGAGCUACAUUUUUUUGCGCGAAAUGUAAACAUGGUAGAGUCAAUCCUUCUGGAAAUAUUAAAAUAUAAAUUUUGGUUGAAAUUUACUCGCUAUUCUUCUUGAUUCUCCACAAGAUAUCAAAUAACUGGAGUAUGAUUCAUGGGAAUAAAUGCAAAAUCAAAAAAAAGUUAUGGCUGGAUGGUUCUUGAUUUCGAAGUGUUUUAUCACUUUAAUUUUUGUUCUGUGAUAAUUUUGAAAUUGAUACCCUCCUAAGUUGCACUUGAAUUAAAAACACUUUGAUUUAAAUUGAUACCAACUGGAGCAUGGAGUCAUCAAUAUUGGUGAGAUAAUGAUGCUUCUUUUCUCAAUUGUUGGAAUUUCUUUGUUACUAUCAUUUGGUACUGAAUUUGAUGAAUAAUUAUUAUUCAAUUUAUUCUACAAUUUGUUCAAACCAUCGUUCAUAAUGUUGUGAAGAAGAUAAUGUACCAAAAAUGUUACUGAAUUAUGUUUGAAUUUAAUUUUUUUUCGCCCUGUAUCAUAUUUGAAACAAUUUGUUGUUAUUGCCGAUGGUAAAUAUGGUUUUGCGUGACAUAAGUUGAUUGUUUUUCUAGACUAUGCCAGCCAGUGUGAACUUCGACUGAUUUAAAAAAAAUAUAUAUUUUUUUCAACAGGUGUCUUUGAAAUGUGCAAUUGAAACGGACGACUGAUGGUUUUGUGAAACAUCUCUUAUAGUAUCGUUUCCAUAUGAUUUACUUGGUUAUCUUUGAUUUAUUGGCUCCGUUUUGACUCUGUUUUUCUUUAUUUGUCAAAUAAAUGAGCGAUCUUUCAUAGGUUGAAACAUUUUGUAAUAGUAUGGAUCAUUUUUCAAAUCAGGUUAUUGAAUUUUUCAAUAGAAAACCAUCAACGAUCAGCCUAAAUUACACUUUUAGUUGACAUUAUUUGGCUGUGGACACAUUUUUUUUUUUUCAUUUACAAAAAUCACCCUCAUUACCAAAAGCAAGCUACAUACAUAUUUCACUUAAUAUUAAUAUAAUUAAUAUUGAAUGAUUUUUUUUAGUAUUAUGUUUGAUUGAUUUUUGAUAAAUAUCGUUCUUAGACUAGCCGUUUUCCAUACCUACAUCUACUCUAGUUUAAACUUAGUGUUAAUUUAGUUGAUUGGGGCAGCAGAAUUUUCGAAUUGUGUACAAAUCUAAAUUGUUUUUGCUGCCGUAUCACUUUGGACAGUAUGUGAAAAUGUGCUUUUUAGUUUUAAGGUUAAGUAAUAAAUUAAUAAUAUUACUAA